UCUAAUUCUUUCUUUCUAUUUUUUUUUGGCUUUCUUUCUUUGCAAUUUUAGAAAUUCUACUCACUCAAAAAUUGUCAACAAAUUGUUGAGUCCCUCUUUCUUUGGCUUCCCCUUCCUAACUUAUCAAGAAAAAGGUGACAGGAGUACCAGAGCAGUUUGAGGAACAGUCAGAUGGAGGGAGAAAUGCAAGCCAGUUUGAGGAACAGUCAGAUGGAGGGAGAAAUGCAAGCCACAGAAUAAGUAGGAGUUAUUUGUUUUCGCCCUUGAUGCCAUACUUGUGAGGUUGAGGUUUCAAUCAAAGGUCUCUGCUUAUUAUCAGUUUUCUGUCGAGGUGCUAGUUUCAUUGCUCUAGCUCAAAAUGGGUGAGAUGGUUGUUGGCAUACCUGCACGUCUGGAGAAAAUUGAGCGUGAAGUUGGCUUUUCGAGAAGGAACUCAACUGGCAGCUUAGGUAUUCAAAUUGCUAAAUCCAAGGUCUUCUCCCGUUAUCUGAGUGAUCCAAAAGGUUCUUGCCAUGACGCUUGCAAAGGCGUGGAACGUGAUCUUCAAGAAACAAAAGCAAGGACUUCCCUGCUGAGAAGAUCUACUAUAGCAGCAUCAGAAAAAACCCAAGAGCUGCCUACAACUGUGAAGUUGCAGAUAAGGAAGAAACCACUAAGAUCAAGUAAGCUAGCUGUAAAUUUCAAUAGGCGUACAACUGGUAAAGCCCAGAGACAGGAGAACCCAUCAUACACCAAAAGAUUAGCUGUUUCUGUAAAUCAACGAAAUGAUUUGAAGUUGAAGCCUUCGCAAGAAAAUGAUUACUCUAUGUCAAGAAGCUAUAAGCUGAGGAGAAGAGGAUACAGUGACAUUGUCAUACCAGGGGGGUCACCAUUUGCUCGGGAUUCUCCGUUGAAUGGUGCAACCAGCAUACCAAACAAAGGAAGCCGGAUGGACAAGAACACUGGAUCUUCUAAGUUGAGCAACAAGAAGGUUGUUGGGAAACCUGCAAACUUGGAGAAAAUUGAGAAUGAAGUCGGGUAUUUGAGAAGGAACUCAACUGGAAACUUAGGUAAUGAAAUGGGUGACUCCAAGGUCUUGUCACGUCAUGUAAGUGUUCCAACAGGUUCUAGGCUUGAUGCUAGCAAAGAUGGCGUGGAAUGCAACUUUAAAACAAUGGCAAGGACUCACAUGUCCACAAGAUCUUUAACAUCAGGAGAAAAUUCAAAACUGGCUACAACUGUGAAGUGGCAGAUAUGGAGAACAACUAAAUUACCGGCAAAUCUCAAAAGGCUGACAACUUCCCACGAAGAGGAAAUGCAAGCAUGCACCAAAACAUUGGCUGUUUCUGCAAGUCAUCGAAGUGAUUCGAAGCUGCAGCCUCUGGAAGAAAAUGCUUAUUCGGUGUCAAGAAGCAACAAAAGCAGAAGAAGAUACAGUGACGUUCUUAUAACAGGGGGUUCGGCAAUUCUUCAGGGGUCUCUAUUGGAUGAUGCAGCCAGCAAACCAAACACAGGAAGCAAGAUGGAUAAGGACAGUGGAUCUCAUGAGUUCAGCAAGAAAAAGGAUGUUGGCAUUCCUGCAAACCUGGACAAAAUUGAGCCUGAAGUCAGCUAUUUGAGAAGGAACUCAACUGGAAGCUUAAGUAUUGAAAUAGGUGAAUCCAAGAUCUUGCCAUGUUUACUCAGUGUUCCAACAGGUUCUCGCCAAGAAGCUUGCAAAUACGCAGUAGAAAGUGAUCUUAAAACAAAGACGAGGACUCUCCAGCCCACAAGACCUGUAACAACAUCAGGAGAAGUCCCAGAAAUGGCUACAACUGUGAUGUUGCAGAUAGGGAAGAAACCAUUAAGCUCAAGUAAGCUACCAAAAUUCAAGAGCCGGACAACUUUUCGAGCCCAGGGACAGGAAAUACCAGCAUCCACAACUAUUUCCCACUCUACAAGAUUUUCUGUGAAGAGGGUAUCAGGCAAAAAGCCAAAUAAUGAUUCCCCAAGAAUAGUAUCUCAACGUAAUAAGCGGACUAGCCUUCCAAGCAAAACGGACAAAGUGAGUCAUGAAGAUGAUCCAACCAAGGUAUCUCAACUUAAUAAUUUGACUAGCCUUGCACGAAUGAAGAUAGAGCAACCAAGUAAUGAAAACUUCCCAAACAAGGCAUCUCAACUUAGAAAAUGGGCUAGUCUUAAACGAGGUAAGAUGGAGCAAGGAAGUCAUGGAAGUGUUCCAAAGGAGACAUUGCACAUCAGAGAAUCAAAGACUAAAAGCCAGACCAUAAAGCUCUCCCAGGAAACUCGAAUGGCCAGAGUCUCCUCCUUUGAUAGACAUGGCCCAGAAAGAGGGAAGAGGCCUUCACCCCUUCUCUACCCAUCCUCCUCUCUACACUCGGAUGACAGUAUCACCAGAAACCUUGGCAACAGGAAAUCUUCACUACAUGGCCCAAAAAGAGGGAAGAGACCGUCACCCCUUCUCUCCCCAUCCCCUUCUCUGCACUCGGAUGGCAGUAGCUGCAGAAACCUUGGCAAUAAGAAAUAUUCCCUAUCAUCAAUUUCUGCAUGCGAGUCUUUUGAUGGCGAUGCAACGGUCAGCAAUUCCAGGAAAAGUGGAACCACAAGCCAAAGCCAAGAUAUAAAAGCUGCAAGAACUGCAAUUUGCAGUCCUAAAAACCUCAAGUUCAGGAGAGGAAAAAUAAUCGAUUUUCAGUCUGAGAAAGUCAGUCCAAGGAGACUAAAAUUCAGGCCAGUCAAAAUACUAGAUUACAACGAAAAUGGAAGUGCUUAUGCUAGCGGAAGAAGCUCUCGGAGACUCAUUGCUAAUGGAAAGUCAAAUGCUGCUAAAGAUGAAAAUAUGAAAGUUAAUCUUCGACACCAAGCUAGAGGAAACAAAAGAGAGGCUCCAAUAUUGUUCAACAAUGUGAUCGAAGAGACUGCAACCAAACUUGUCGAGACCAGGAGAAGCAAGGUCAAGGCUUUGGUGGGUGCUUUUGAAACCAUAAUCUCCCUUCAGGAUCCAAGAUCCUCGCCACCAAUUAUUUGGAGAUGAUAACUACGUGCUUUGACAGAAGGAACCUGUAUAUAUUAAUAGCUAAAUCGAGUUACGUAACUGAAGCAGUAGGUGCAGGAUUUCAAGCACCAUUCUGUCUGAUUAUAUAUACUUUCUAAUUGAUUCUAUAUACUUUGUAAAUGUCAUUGCGACUAUCACUUUAGGUAGCAGGAGGAAUAUAUCACUCAAAGUUGAUUUAAAAGCCAGUUGAUGAGUGCUUAAGACAGGCCAAUAAGCUGGGGUCGGCGAUAUGAGUCAUCACUGACCAUGUUCCCCAUUUGAGUUCAUCUCAGUCGAGUUGGGUAAAUUUAUCUGAAGUUUCUACAAUAGCUUUGUAAAGGGUGAUAUAUUCUCAUAGUUUGUGUGUAAAUCAGAACAGGGUCAGGCCUCAAAUUUUCAUAAGGUAAACCUCCCAUGGACAAAACAGUCCGAAAACAAAUAGGCAAAUGAAGCUCAAUAACCUAGAAGAACAUUAGGAAAAUACUUAAUUCUUCCUUAAACCAGCUUUAAGCCCUUUAAAUAUGUCAUCUUCAGUGACAGGUCUAACCUGUUAGUAUGAAAAUUUGAAAGCUUUUAAACACAUUAAAAAUUCAGCAGGCACCUCCCAUCUCUCAGCUUUUUGUUUCCUCUUUUGCUUAAUUUUAUUGCUUAGAACCUACAAAAAUAUAUCUCUAUAAACGGUAUAUCGAAGAUUAUUUCCUCUACCGUUUAGUUUUCAUUAUAUAGGAAAUAUAGAACUGAUUAGUAUACAGGAGAUCACAUCGUUGCCCUAGUUGUUGUGAUCAAAGUUUCCAAAUUUCAACAAGAGCCACCCUUAGUUUUUAGUACUAUCAAAGUUUUCAAAUUUCGGAUCUAAACUGUUCCACGACUUUCUCAGUUUCACUACUCACAUUUUCUACUACUCCCAAACUUAUGUGAUUUCAAAAGAGAUAGGGUUCCCGGGGGAGGAAGAAGA